CUCGAUAUGGAAGACCAUCCACUACACCUCGUCACGCAGUGAUUGCCAGGCAAGAUCAUGCUCGGACAACAGCGCUGAAUUAUGAGAGGGCUAGUCGAAGCGUUUGCCCUUGGUCUCUUGCUCCUCUGAACCAAGGGUAAAAUCUCUGGGGUGCCUGGGAAGUCCAGGAUACAGGAAGAUCGCGAACAGCUGUAAGCUCGCAUAACCCGGUGAGCAAAGUCGAAGAAUCAUGUCUUCAUCGCCCGACGGAAUCUACGAUGUCGGUAUCAUCGAUCCCGGAAUUCCUGUCGAGACACCAACCCAGCCUUUCUGGCUUUCGCAGCCCGCGAAGAACGGCAAACUACGCUCGCCAUGGUCCGACACUGCAGACGUGGUAGUCAUUGGCUCCGGCAUGACGGCGGUCAGCCUUUGCCUGACGCUCUUGUCGCGCCGACCGGGCCUCAAGAUUGUUGUCGUUGAGGCCCGCGAUCUUUGUUCAGGGGCAACUGGUCGAAACGGUGGUCAUUGCAAAGCCAUGAGUCCUGGCGUGUGGUUCGAUCGAAAACAGCAGUACGGAGUACGAGAGGCGAUCCAAGUCAUGGAAUUCGAGCACAGCCAUCUGGACGAGAUGUUCGACAUGGUCAAACGGCACGGCAUAGACUGUGACCUCCGCCUGGUUGAGGGCCUGGACGUCUAUCACGACAACGUGACUUUCGGUCGAGCGGUGCGUGCCCUGGAGGACAUGCGAAAGCACGCACCUCAACUGGCAUCCAAAUAUACUGUCUACACGUCCCGAGCCGAGCUCAGGGCUCGUAACUGUGCGGACCACGUUGUCGGGGCCAUUGGAAUACCCGCCGCCACGGUGUGGCCUUACAAGUUUGUCACGGCCUUGUUUGACAAGAUGGUGUCGGAGAACGGGCUUGCGAUCCAGACCAAUACCGUCGUCACUUCGGUGGUCGAUGAGGACGACGACGGACAGGGCUGUGCAGUUGUCAAGACCACUCGAGGACCGAUCCGGACGCCGCACGUGGUCCAUGCCACGAAUGCGUGGAUGAGCCAUUUGGUGCCUGAGUUGCAACCAUUCGUCUCCCCUGUACGGGCCAAUGUCCAACGUCAAGUCCCCGUGUCAUCGUCUCUCCGGGUGGCCAACUCUUUCUGGCUCCGGUACGCCGAAAAGGAAUACGACUAUCUGAUACAGCGACCUGACGGAGCCUUCAUUGUGGGCAGGGCCAACACAGGCCGACGAGCGACGAGCGACGACGGCAACAAAGACCUCGGACCGCACGUGCAUCUUCGCCACGCUCUCCCGCACAUCUUCAACUUUGGCACGGAUACAUUGCAAGCGACCCAUGCAUGGAGUGGCUGUGUGGCUUUCACGCAGGAUGGAAACCCCUUUAUUGGGCGACUCCCAUUCGCAAAGAAACGCCGGCAAUGGGUCUGUGGAGCUUACCAGGGCAUCGGCAUGGUGAGAGCAUUCCGAUCGGCUCAAAUGCUGGCAUUGCUGGUCCUCGGAGAAGACGUGCCGCUCGAGUAUCCAAAGUCAAUGCUCGUAACAAAGGACCGGGUUGACAGCAUGACACGGUCGCUAGGUACUCCGCUUCCCAGCAGACUGUAG